AUGGAGAGGAUAAAUAAGAUACCUGUUCUGGGCCUGGGCGCCUGCAAGUACCAAUUCAGUGACUUCCUUUUUUAUGUAUUGUUGACUCUAUGUUUUAGUGAAAAGGGGGAUUUGGGGUUGAGUUCUCCUGAAUGUGGGUGGAUUGCUUCUGUCUUGUUCAUUUCGCAGGCGGCUCCAUGGGAAGUGAUGGAGGCCGUGAAGGUGGCAAUAGACGCGGGGUAUCGGCACUUCGACUGUGCCUACUUGUACCGCAGCGAGAGUGCGGUUGGAGCGGGGAUCUUGUGGAAGAUCAAGGAGGGCGUGGUGAAGAGGGAGGACCUGUUCGUUGCCAGUAAGCUCUGGUGCACCUUCCAUAAGAAGUCCCGGGUGAAAAUAGCAUGUACCCAGAGUCUCAAUGCCUUGAAGCUGAGCUACUUGGACCUCUACCUCAUACACUGGCCCAUGGGUUUCAAGUCUGGGAAAAAAGACUUGCCCGUGGACCACAGUGGCAUGAUUAUACCCAGUAACACGGACUUCCUGGACACGUGGGAGGCCAUGGAGGACCUGGUGGUUGCGGGGCUGGUGAAAGCCAUCGGGGUGUCCAACUUCAACCAUGAGCAGCUUCAGAGAAUUUUGGAUAAACCCGACCUGAGGUUCAAGCCAGUGACUAACCAGAUCGAGUGCCACCCGCAUCUUACUCAGAAGAACCUCAUCGGUUAUUGCCAGUCCAGAGGUGUGUCUGUGACUGCUUACCUGCCUCUUGGUGGUUCCAAAGAGGGGGUGGACCUGAUGGACGACCCCAUGAUUCAGAGGAUGGCACAGAAGUACAACAAGUCUGCAGCUCAGAUUUUGAUCCGAUUUCAGAUCCAAAGGAAUGUGAUAGUGAUUCCCAAGUCCAUCACCCCAAAGUGGAUUCUCGAGAACAUCCAGGAAAGUGUGUUUGAUUUUGAAUUAUCAGAAGAGGAUAUGAACGUCCUCCUCUGCCUGAACAGAAAUCUCCGAUUGGCAAGGUUCCCCAUAGCUGAAAAUCACAAGGACUAUCCUUUCAACGUACAGUACUGAGGGCAGCCUCCCUCUUCCUCCUCCUGCUCGGCCCACACAACCCCAUCCGUGUCUGAAGCGUCCACCCGCCCUGCGUAGGGCCUGCGCUCUCCGAGGCAGGGGCGGCCUCGGCCAGGGACGGGAGGGACAGGGUUUGAUCUGGGUGGAUUCCUGCUUGGAGGAGAAGCUGAGUUCCCUGAGAAAUCCAAAGACUGGACUGUGUUCUGUGACUGAAAGAGGAGGCAUCCCGAGAGCAGUGACCGCUCUCCAUGGAGAACCCACACAGGAGGUAGGAAUCUUCUGAGCGCACAGUGGGAUGGGAUUUUCACAAGAUGUGCCAUGUGGCCUGACCCUCAAAAAAAAGAUAUUUAAUGACUCAUCAACCAUUUGCCUUCAUGUUAAAAAAAAUUGGGAUAGGAAAUACGGAAACAUGUUCAGGAGCUGAGAUGAGAGGACCAUGAACCUCGCCUCCCACUACGCUGCUGCAGCUCUUACCAUCCUGGCCUGUCUCGCCUUGUCCGAACUCCUCUGCUCCCCACUCGUCCCCCGAGAUGAUCCUACAGCAGAAUCCGGACCUUCACACAUCCAGAAGAAAACUGGGUGAAGGCAGAGAGGUGUCUCAGUUGAACACAGAGACCCUUGCUGUCAUUUAAAAUCUAAAUUUUAAUUUUUAAAUUCUAUUUUUUAGGAAAGUCUUCUGGGGAGUCAAAUUAUACCUGUGGAAACUCCAAAUCAGAGAUGAGAUUCGGGUCAUCCCCCGCCCGGGCACUCAGUGUUCAGUCUGUUCAGACUCAGUGUAUCAGGAGGGGCAGGAGUCCUGUCCUCUUACGAAAGGACAGCUGGGUGUCCAUGCAGCCUUGUUCAGGGUGAUCCAUGUCCCUCUGCAGCCUGGCUCUGUGCCUUCAGCGCACACAGUCUCCGGGGAUAGGACUUACUGGACCUGCUGGUCAUUUCAGCCAGCCUGCCUCUAGGACUUGGCUUCCAUCUUCAAGGAGUUACUCAGAGGGAAACCUGGGUGUGUGCGCCCAGGGUACCCCCCGGUCUGUCCCCACGUGUCCCCCUCAGCCUACUGUAUGAGCCCAGAGUCCACCCUCCUGGCACAAUGCCUGGGGAAGGGAUGGAGGUCCAGAGCUGCUUUCAUUGCCCCAUGGCUGAACGCAUCUGGUUUGGGGAUGGCUGGCCUCUGCGUGGUUUCCAUUCCCAUCUUAUCCCAGGCCACACUGGAAGCAGCUUCUGAAGUCUGGCAUCCUGAGUGUGAGCUCAGCCCCAUCACUUUCUGGCUCCGGGAUCCUGGCAGGUUACGUAACCUUCCAGUGCUCAGCUCCUUCCCUGCUAAGUGGGGAUAAUUUUGGUACCUCACAAGGUUGUUGAGAUGAUGGCCAGCCCAUGAUCAGUCCCAGUAGGAUGUGGGUAUUAUAUUACUGUUACUAUUGCCAUCACCUUGCUCCUUUAUUCCUCCUGCAGACUGACCUCGGUAGGUCCUCUCCACCUCCCUGCCCA